UAAUAUACAGGAAGUAGAUUUACUUCCUGUAAGAUAGAAUGAAAACAGUUUUGCUAAACGAGCGUUAAAUAUGCUACAUCUUUCUGGAAAACUACAUUUAGAGUUUUAGGAACUGAAUAUAUAUAUAUCAUAGACUGAUAGUGUAAAGGCAGAACUUAGUGUAUAAUGUCGUGUCGUGGUGAAAACAUUAGGAACUAAUGAACAGCUAGUGUUUUCUGUGAAGCUAUGGCGUAUUUCUGAAUAUUAAUGUAACAAUAUCUGGGAUUUGUGUCAUCUGUCUGCGUUAAACCCACCUGUAGUUUACUUUUAGAGUUUCCACCCAAAACCACCACAAUGCAUCGUAGAGGUGUCGGUGCGGGAGCUAUAGCCAAAAAGAAACUGGCCGAGGCCAAAUAUAAAGAAAGAGGAACAGUACUUGCAGAAGACCAGAUUGUACAGAUGUCAAAACAGUUGGAAACAUUUAAGUCCAACCUGGAGGAGUUUGCCAGCAAGCACAAACAAGAGAUCCGUAAGAACCCCCAGUUCAGGGUCCAGUUUCAGGAAAUGUGUGCCACUAUCGGCGUCGAUCCACUUGCUUCUGGAAAAGGCUUUUGGUCUGAGAUGCUCGGCGUUGGUGAUUUCUACUAUGAGCUUGGUGUUCAGAUCAUUGAAGUGUGUCUUGCCCUGAAACACAGAAAUGGAGGGUUAAUAACUCUGGAUGAGCUCCACCAGAGAGUGCUGAAGGGACGGGGUAAAUAUGUUCAGGAUGUGAGCCAAGACGAUUUGGUCAGAGCCAUAAAGAAGCUGAAGGUGAUGGGAAAUGGUUUUGGCAUGAUUCCUGUUGGUGGGUCUUACUUGGUCCAGUCAGUCCCAGCAGAACUCAACAUGGAUCAUACUGUAGUGCUGCAGCUGGCGGAGAAAAAAGGCUACGUGACCGUGAGUGAGAUCAGAGACAGCUUGAAAUGGGAGAAGGAGCGAGCCUGUCACGUCUUGGAUCAUCUGCUGAAGGAAGGGUUGGCCUGGCUAGACUCGCAAGCAACUGGAGAGGCUCACUACUGGCUGCCAGCACUCUUCUCCGAGCUGACCUCUCGUGAUGUCACACCAGAGGAAGCCAAUCAGAUGACGCCUUAAAGCGCCACCUGGAUUUAGACGAGCGUCGUGUUGAUAAACAAAAUGUGCCUGAAGGUUCAUGUGAGGGAGCUGGAUGAACUCCUCCUGUGAUCAGACUCUAGGAGGAGGUUUUCUCCUUCUCAGGUGCUCUUUCAUCAUGAAGAAAACUACUGGACAAGGAGUUUGUUUUAGUCUUGGUGGUGUUUUGCUUUAAGGGCUCAUAGGGACACAUUUUAAAUGUUAUAAAAAUGUAGUUUUUAUUUCUUGCAAUAAAAUGGAACAUUUUAAAUAAAAAGUUUGCAACA